AUGGGUGACUACCUCCAGUUCGGCGUUCAGAGUUGGUUGCCAGCGGCUGUCCCUACUACGCUGCUCAUUCAGCACAUGCCCGCCCUUGCCCCCUACACAUGGCCGAUCUUUGCGGGCGCCGAAGCGUUUCAGAUUGAGCUUGUGGAGCAGGCACGCAAUAGGAGGCGUUGCCAGGGCCUCUGGCGACAUCAAGAGGGACUAUGCGAACUGCUGGGGCCAUCCCACGGCCCGGUGCACUUCCGAAUCGGGAGCCCUGUGGUCCCAAACUUGCAAGAAAUGCAAGCCGGCCUUGAGCUCCUGGAUGAUUUGUGUCCAGCGCGGGGCCUGCCGUCAGUUGAAACCAGGCUCAUCUCUCCGCUCCGCGCGACCUUUGUCACGGAGAUCCCCCGUUCCCCCUACUGCACUGUCUUGCUCCCCUUCGCAAGCACGCCGGCGCAUCAUAUCGUCCUCCUCGUGUUGCCCACUGCUAUGCAGAUGGGCCCCCUGCCCGUGCCAGAUGGCUCACUCUGCAGACGGCCGCGUAGGCAAUGGACAAGUGGGGAUGCGAUAGAGGUUUUCUCCGUAGCUGCAGAGGCGCGCAGCACAUACAACGAGAUGAUGGCAAGGCAAACCCCGCUCUCCACCCCGAUGAACACCAUCCAGAUGCACAACCCAGUGGAGCUGAAGGCUAUGCAAAAGGAGGCGGCAGCUCCCGGAUGGUUCGACAAGUGCGCGCCCGCCCGCGAAGGCCCCACGUCAGCAGUUGAAGGCGGUUCCCUGUCGAUCCUUCCUGCUUUUCCGUGCGCUUUCCCUACUACUCUGGAGGAGGAUUCGCUGCAACGGCAGAGCACAGAGACUCCGCAAACUCAAGCCGAGCCCGGCCAUCCCUGCACCCCAGGGCAAGAACAUGUGGCGAAGGAGGCUGACACCGCCCAAUCGCCAGCCAUUACACUCUGCCUACAGCAAGCAAUCGAGCCGCCCACAUCUGCCAUCUCCUGGGAGGUCAAUCAGGAUAUCGUUGCCGAGGCGCUGGGAGGACACUGCCUGACAGAUCUACUCCCGGAUCUGCCGAGACCGCUGGCCAAUUCGGCAUGGGGUAGAAUCUGGAAACAGCUUCCCUCAUUCUGCCCUUGCCAGUCCAUGCAGGCUGUCUAUCUGUUCACAGACGGGUCGUACUACCCGGGCAGGGAAAGUGCCUCGUGGGCCGUGGUGGCCCUGGUCUUGCAAAACGACCAGAUACACAAAGCUGGUGUACUAGCAGGCCCCUGCGUCUUGCACCCGGAGGCAACUGCAGGGCACUGUCCUUCCGCGUACGAUGGGGAGCUAGAGGCCUUGCUGCAUGCCCAAGCAAUCGGCAUCUCUGCGUCAACAAGCGAAUGCCACUUCGGAUCUGACUGCCAAUCGGCUCUUGCUGUAGCCUUUGGUUUCUGCAGCUUCAAGGCCGGGUCACGACUGCCGGCUGCAGCAAUAGGUUUGGCAGCUGCCCUUACGGCGCAAGGCAAGCAGCUUCUGCUCCACAAAAUCGAGGCGCACAGCGGUUGCGCUUUCAACUCGCUUGCGGAUGAAAUUGCCAAGCACGCAGGCACAACAGGCCAAUCCCUUCCGGAUUCAGCAGACUGGAGCUCCUUGCAGGCCGCGGUGACGGAGACGGUGUUAGAGCGGGCCUGGUUAGCAACUCCCGACUCUGUCUUUGCUGCCACGCUGCCCCCGUUGCAAGUUGAUGGCACUUGGUCCAAACCCAAUGCCGAGGUGCGCAGCUCCGCGCCCAAUCUGCUCCCCCCCUACCUAUGUAAGGUCACAGGCGAGGUGCAGACGGUUGCCCUGGACUUGAGGCUCCUCACAUACAACGCUCUUUCAGCGCGAGGAGCAACAGCCCGUGCCCUAAUUUGUACGGGCCUACGCAAGCACCGUAUCGAUUUGGCAGGUCUGCAGGAGACCCGGGACCGGGCUGAUGGCAUCUCUAGCUGCGAAGAUUUUUGGGUCCUCGCUGCCUCUUGUGACAAGGGGGGACACUUCGGGAUCCAGCUUUGGUUACGAAAAGCAGCAGGCUGGGAUCGCACUAGCUUUGCCAUCGUACAUGCCGACCCCCGGGUCCUUAUUGUCGUCUGCACUAUCCGGGGUGUCAAGCUCGUUUUGGUGUGUGCCCACGCGCCCACUUCUGUCACGGGCGAUGAAGCCAUCGGAAGGUGGUGGUCCCACUUGACGAGACUUCUAGCUAAAGUCCCCAAAGUCUGCGCGCCGCUCCUCUUCAUCGAUGCCAAUGCGCGCUUCGAGCCGCACUCCUCCCACAGGCAUACGCUGGACGCGGCGCCAAGCAAUCUCAACGCGACUUGCCUGCGGCAAUUCGCGGUCGACAUGGGACUUCAUCUCAGUGCACAGCAAGAUGAGCAGGGCCGACCUCUCCACUCUUGGCGCAGUCCAAAAGGUACCACCAGCCUGAUUGACUAUGUCGGCUGCCCUAUCGAUUGGAAGAACGGCCACUCCACCAUAGGUAACGUGGAUCUGGCAGAUCUCCACGCAGACUGGGACCAUCUCCCAAUCCACACCCGCCUAUGUGCACAUAUAGAGACCACGGUCCCUCCCAGCCGCACCAAGAUUGCUCCGAAAGAUCUUCAAACUGAGGAGGGGCAACUUAGGGCAAUACAUGCAGUCACUUCAGCCCCCCUUGUGCCAUGGACUGACACGUGCACUACUCAUGUGGAGACCCUACAGAGCUCGAUGAUUCGCUCUAUGCAGGGCGGGCAGCAUUCGGCCCAGCCCGCAGCACGCAACCCGGCGAUCUCACAGGCCACUCUCGGGCUAAUACGGUUGCGCAGACACAUGCGGCGCUGCCUCAGGACUGUCAACCGCAGAUCGGACAUGGGCUUCUUGCAUUUGUGCCUGCAGGCGUGGAAGCAUGGCGCUCAUCCUCCACAGGAGUUCUAUAAAGAGGCCAAAACUGCCCGACUUAACAUGGCGCGCAGCUACCAUGGGCUGGCUGUCGUUGACAAGCAGCUCCGACAGGCUAUGAUGCAUGAUCGGGCCCAGUUCGCCAGGCGCCAAACCGAGCAAUCUCGACAGGCAGGCCCGGCGGAGUUCGCCCAUCGUAUGCGUGCCAUUCUGCGCACGGGGCGCAAAUUUCGUCCCCCUCCCCUGCUUCCGGCACUGACCAAGGAGCCCGAGGCACCAUGCCUGGCUGACGAUGUCAAGGAUACCUUUGCCAAGCACUUCGCCAUUGCCGAGCGAGCUGUUGCUACUGAGGUACAAGGUCUUAACACUGAGGUCAGUGUCGCCCGCCCCAGUAACAGUCACGACGGGACAGCUGUGCCCUCCAUAGCUGCACUGACAAAUGGCUUUGCUUCGCUCAAGCGUUCCAAGGCGGCUGGGCUGUCAGGGCUGCCCUCCGAAGCCUUUCUUGGCGCACCCCUGACCGCGGCGUUACGCUACUGGCCCGCGAUUGCCAAAGAGCUCCUCCGGGACCGCACGGCAAUUCACUGGCGCGGGGGCGAGGCGAUUCCAAUUCCCAAACCCUCAAAAGCCCCCGACGCCUGCACGGGGUACCGACCCAUAGCCCUGCUUGAGACCGAUAGCAAGGCGGUGCAGAAAGCCAUGAGGCCAUCUGUGAUUCAUGCCCUGCAGGCCGUGCAAGUCUCAGACCAGUACGGCGGGCGACCUGGUUGUACCCUGGGGCUCCCCAUUGCAUGUGUCAAGGCUCACUUUGAUAACCUAAAGAGGGCAGGCAGGUCAGGGGCCGCUAUGUUCUUUGACUGCACUACCGCUUAUUAUGCGGUCAUCAAGGACAUGCUGACCCUGACGGACGAGCAAAGAGCGGACACUCACCUGCUCGCCUGCCGUGCUCGUCUCCUCUUCCCCGACACCACUCAGCAAGAGUCAUUCCUGCGCCACAUGAGGGCUGGGGAGUUGGCCAACGCGCUCGGUGCCACACCGGAGCUACGUACGCUCAUCCGUCAGCACCUUACCGACACGUGGUUUGUGUGCCGCCAGGGUACAGGGCAGGUAUUCAGGUCGGAAUGCGGAACCGUCCCAGGUGCCCCACUUGCCGAUGCCCUCUUCAGCCUUGUCUUCGCAGGCGUUCUACGCGAGGUCAAGAUGCAUUUGCGUGACAAAGGCUGGGAGCCACACUUCUGCAGGAAACAACAGGGGACAGGCAGUACGCCUACGUGGGCAGACGACACAUGCGCCCUCAUCUCGACUACAGAGGCUGCAGAAGUCGUGCCGGCCAUCCAGGCCGUCACGGACGUCAUGGUCAAUUGUAUGGCGUGCGCAGGCCUCUCUGCCAACUUCGGCGCUGGCAAGACGGAGGCCAUGGUCGCGUAUCAUGGUCGCGGCUCCCGCGCUCCGAAGCUGGACGUACUCUGCAGCACGGAACCCACGGUUGUCUUGCCAGCUACUGCACAGUCCGGGCACAUCCGGGUAGUGCCCGAAUACCUCUACUUGGGCAUGCUUCUACGUGCAGAUGGCCAAGAACUACCUGGCCUAAAGCAUCGGCGUACCCAGAUGCAGGCUAUUUUCCAGCCCCUGCGGGCCAAGCUACUCUGGAAUACCUGCCUGUCCAAGCGGGAGAAACUUGACCUCCUCCGUAGCAGGGUGUUAAGCCGCUUUCUCUACGGCGCCGGGCAUUGGCUCUUGCGCACCGAACAGGAACAACACCUGUUCCACGAGGCCAUCUCAGGUGUGUAUCGUGGCUCUUUCCGGGCGGUUCUGGGGGUCUCCUCUUGCCGGUUUACGGGGAUAGAGGUUGCGUCGGCCCUAGAAAUGCCGCUGCCUGACGAGUGGCUAGCCACCGAGCGGGCCAAGCUACUGACCCGGUUGUGCACCCAUGGGCUAUACGGAGUCCUGGAAGAGUUGCAUCAGGAGACCGAAUGGUGGCGAUCGGCAUGCGGUUCGUUGUUCCGGAUGCAAGUGCUUGCGAGCGAGGCUCCCUGCCCUGCGGACCUGCAUUGCCAGCUGGCAGGUCAGGAUGUCAAGGUGCGCAAUGCAUGCCGCCUCUUUCUCCGGGCAGCCUGUAAGAAGCGACGCAUGCCGCCGGAGGCCAUUAAAGCCCGGGCCAAGGAGCCCCCCGUACAGGUCUUCGCCCCGAAGUGUGCCAGGUUGCCAUUCGCGUGUGAGGUCUGUGCCAGUGCUUUCCGCUCGAAGCGGUUGCUUGGCAUACACCGGGCCAACUCGCACGGACUUCGGGCAGAACACCGCCUUGUGGCGUUCGGCACAGCGUGCCAGGUGUGCGGAACAGAGUUCUGGACGGAGGCUAGGCUCUCGGGUCAUUUGAAACAUGCGGACCAGUGCAGGACGGUAUAUCGCGAGUCCGACAUCGCGUGUGCCGCCAAUGUUGCCCCUUUGAGCAAAGGAGAACACGCCUGG